GAAACAUUAAAUGAGACUUUAAACAAGAAGGUCAUCUUGAGCAAAGAACAUAUUUCAAAGGUAUGCAUGUACUUGUAACUACAUUUUCUAACCUGUAUCAUAGCUUAUUAUUUAAAUGAUAUACUUUAUAUUAAAGCUGUUUUUAAUUGACAAUAUCUCCUUUGUUACAGUUGUAGGUAUUAAAAUACACAUCAUUCUAUGUACAAUAAUACGAAAAAAAAUACUAAAAAUAUUUUAUAAUUAGUGUCACGAAUAUAUACUAAGUCAAAUAAACUCUGAAACAGGUCGCAUGUUCAGAAUAUGCAGUUACGCAACAUUUACGAACGCUAUUGCAUUCUAAGACAGUAAGUGUAAGCAAAAGAUGUACCUUUCAGUGUAACAACCUUAUAUUUUAAGAGUGUAUGCAAUAUCAUCUCUUUUGAAUUUCAUUUAACAAUUAUCCACACAUUUAGAAAUAAACUUUAUAGAGUAUUAUGAUUUGUGAUCAGCUAGUAUGUAAAUAUUUUUAAAAAAAUAUUUUAAUUUCUCACGGUGACCAUAUGUAAAGGUAUACAAAUAUAUUACAAUUGCACACAAUAUAUUUUAAUACAUUCCAAUGGACAAAAGAAAAGUAAAUGUAUAUUUGAGAUAGCAGCAUAUUCUGAUGUGCUGUACUUUGUAUCAAAUUCUGUUGUGAUAAUUAGCUAUUUUAUGACUAUAGUUGUGAUUUGAAUUUCAAAUUAGGGGAUAAAUUGUUUAUUACAUUGGGUGUAACAAGAAAAAUGUCCAAAUCAUGGAGCUAGAAAGUAUCUAUUAAUUAAAGAAGUCUCCAAAGGUGCUUGUAGGAUUUUUGUCUUGAUUUGUUUAAAGAUUGUUUGUUUGAAAAGUAUUUUAAGAAAAUUAAUAGUCAAUAUUUAAAUGACUCACUUAAAGUGUGUUGAGUUGCUAUAGUUUAAUUAGUAAUAGCCUUGAUGCUAGACAGCAAAAAUGUAUCAAACUUGUUUACCUAAUGCUAGUCAAUCAAACAAUUUCAUUAAGAAUGAACAUUAGUCAUGUCAAGAAUGUUUCAGUAUGACUUUGCUCAUUGAGUUUUAAUUUUAGAAAAUUAUAAUAUAAUAUUCUCUAAUAAAAAACAAGAUCUUUGCAAUCUUGAUUAUUUUAUGUAUUUCAGAACUGUUCUUGUCUUAUAUCUUUUGAUAACUGAUGUGUCAAAUUAACAAUUUUAUCAAUUCAAUAAUUUGGCAUAAUUGAUAUAUUAGAUUAGAAUAAAUUAGAUCUAACUUUGAGAAAGUAAUAGGAAAAUAUACAAUAAAAUAUUUCCAAAUGGAAAAACAGGGUCUUUAUUUGAUACUAUCUUCUGCAGGUAGAAGCUAUUGAUACUAAAUUGGCGGAACUAUCCGGUAGAGUUAUACAAAUUGGUAAGUUAACUAUAAUAAAUAUCAGUAAAAAUGAAGUAACCAUAAUUUUAUGUAAUAAUAAAUCUAUUUAGACAAUCAUGUUGCUUCUAUUUUUUUUAAAAUUAUAUUAUUCAGUCAUUAAAACAGUCUGUAUUUUUUAUAACCACAUAGUUUUUCUUAAUUUGCAAAUUUCUUCCUGAAAUACCAGUGUUUUGUUGAAUUGACAUUGUGUGUAUAUAUAUAUAUACACUCUCUCUCUCUAUAUAUAUAUAAAAAUAUAUAUAAUAUAUAUAUAUAUAAACCAGAUAAACAAUUCACAAAUUACUUUCUUCCCAGUGAUGUACACACAAAGCUUCCACUGCGCAUCUCACUAUAGUUAAUUUACUGAUUUGGAUUUCGUUUCUGAAAUGUUGUCAUUCUUAUUUGACUUUCAGAAAGUAAAUUCAGCACACCAACGCUAUUAUUCAACGCCUUUAAAGCAGCACCCUUUAGAGGUGGACGUUUUAACAUAGGCCAUUUCAAUGAUGUUCCAACUAACUAUGGAAGUCACCUUGAUCCUUUUUCAGGAAAAUUCACUGCACCCCAAAAUGGAUUUUAUUUAAUAAGCAUUGAAAUAAAAGCAACAAAAAAUGGAUCAUACAAUGUCAAAUGUUUUCGUACUUCAAAAAAUCCGCCAUUUGGUUACAGA